GAGAAAUAAGUCUACCAGUAGAUUCAUUGAGAUGCAAUCAACGGAAAUUCUACCCCUACAUCUUGUUUCUCGUAGUCAUUUUUAGAAAAUGACUCUCAAUUAAACCAAUAGAAGGAGAUAAACGGCUGAAAAGACGGCACGAUGUAUUGUCAGUUCUAAAGAUAAUUUCAGAAGGGCGUCGUGGAUUUCCGAAUGUCCCCCGUUGCAGAGACUCUCAAUUCGCUUCUGGCAUAGGACUCUCGCUUAGGAUCUUUUGAAGCACAACGGCACCUCACGUACUGUGGCAGUUAUGUGGAAAAAGCAGAGGGAGGCGGGACGUUAACAUGGCUAUAUAAUUCAUUUCUUUUUAAAGUACUUUUCGUGUUUAUAUUUUAUUUCGCUCUUCGUGGGAUGCCAGUCUCUCCAAUUAACAUCGAUUUUCUCUGGGGCUGUGGAAAAGGCUCCGGACUAUGGGCUCCAAUCACUCCCACAAAACUCCAGUGUUUGAUGAAAACGAAGACGUUAACUUUGACCAUUUCCAAAUCCUCAGAGCCAUUGGAAAGGGUAGUUUUGGAAAGGUUUGCAUUGUGCAAAAGAGAGACACCAAGAAAAUGUACGCAAUGAAGUACAUGAAUAAGCAGAAAUGCAUUGAAAGAGAUGAGGUGCGCAAUGUCUUUAGAGAACUGCAGAUUAUGCAAGGUCUGGAACAUCCAUUCCUAGUGAAUCUUUGGUAUUCAUUUCAAGAUGAAGAGGACAUGUUUAUGGUUGUGGAUCUUUUAUUAGGAGGAGACCUGCGUUAUCAUCUACAGCAAAAUGUGCAUUUUAAAGAAGACACUGUAAAACUUUAUAUCUGUGAAUUAGCACUUGCUCUUUACUACUUGCAAUGCUGUCAUAUAAUCCAUCGAGAUAUUAAACCCGAUAACAUACUACUUGAUGAGCAUGGUCACGUUCAUAUUACUGAUUUCAACAUUGCUACUGUGCUCAAAGACUCUGAGACGGCUACGUCAAUGGCAGGAACUAAACCUUAUAUGGCUCCAGAGAUUUUCCAUUCUUUCCUGGAAGGAGGCCCUGGUUAUUCUUAUCCCGUUGAUUGGUGGUCCUUGGGAAUAACUGCUUAUGAACUGCUGCGGGGUUGGCGACCUUACGACAUUCAUUCCAGCACCCCGGUGGAUGAAAUCCUUAAUCUAUUCCGUGCGGAGCGAGUACACUAUUCUUCAACCUGGUCAAAAGGCAUGGUGUCAUUGCUUAGAAAGCUUCUUGCCAAAGACCCAGAAUGUCGACUUUCAAGUGUUGCAGACAUCCAGAGUUUGCCCUACCUGGCUGAUGUGAACUGGGAUGCUGUUUUAGAAAAGACUGUUUCUCCUGGAUUCAUACCAAAUAAAGGAAGAUUAAACUGUGAUCCUACAUUUGAACUGGAAGAAAUGAUUCUUGAGUCCAAACCCCUUCACAAAAAGAAGAAACGCUUAGCAAAAAGCAAAUCAAAAGAUGGCACAAAAGAAGCAUGUCCUUUGCCUGCCCAUCUGCAGCAGUGUCUGGAAACGGUACGGCAGGAGUUCAUCAUUUUUAACAGAGAAAAAUUGAGAAAAAAAGCACAAAGCAUUGAGGUUGACAGUUCUGACACAGAAUCUUCCAAUCCAAUGCAGGAGAAAGUGCAAGAUGGUCAUAACAACAACACCCUCCUGCCAACUGACAACAAUGCUGUCUACUGUAGUUAAUUAGGAAAGUAAUGACUAACACAGGUGCCAGAAUAUUCCGAGGCUUGGAAUUCUUCUCUUUUUACUUUGAACCUGCCUUCUUUUCCAAACCUGUCCACCGACAGGCAGCACCCACCGUUAGGGUGCAUGCAUUAUUAUAAGCCUGUUGAAAUGGCCAUCGAGCAAAGUCUGUUUUGCUGUUUGUCAAAGUGGACCACAGCCUAUUUGUCGCAGUGAUGAGCAGAGUUUGGUUUGGAAAAGAAUGGCGGAUUUAAGAAACUUUUUUUUUUAUCUAGCCUUAAAACAUUAGUCCAUGAUGUCAUCCAGACCACCCUGUGUGCCAUGGGUGUUCAUGGCAUCAGUUAACUGUGCUCUAAUGACCUCUAUCUGUGCAGCGCCAAAAGGUAUUUUUUUAAUUCUUACUUAUGUGUUUAUUUUUACCAUACCAAAUAUUAGGGAACAAAUGGCAGCAGUGUACAAAUUAAAGAGGUGAAAUAUAGAACCAGAUGAGUGGGAUUCUAUGUCCUCCACUCAGCUUGAAUGUAAUGUAGCAAAAUACAUUAUACGUUUAAAAAUUUUUGUUCUUUUUAGGUAAGCACAAGAAAUUCUUAAGAAAAUGAGUAAAGCAAAUGCAGCUAUCAGCCCUCUCGUUUUUCAUUUUAUUAUAUUUUCUACAUCAUGGGUUGUUCCCCAUAAGCAUUUUAUGAACCCAAAGGGUUUAAAAUAACAUUUAGCAUGAUUAUGUUAUGUCUGUUAUCUGAAUUGUUCCAUAGAAACUGAUGUAUGAAGCUUCGAUGUCUGCACCAUUUCUUACAAAGCUCAUUGUGUGCCUCAUGUUGUUGAGUACAGUGUGUUUUGGGCUUCACCUACAUUAUGUUUCUCUUUUCUGUCUAACAAUGUGAAAUUCCAUAGGCCGGUUUAGCCCACGUAUCACAUAUAUUUUUCACUGCAUUGGGUCAAGUUCUGACUCGGCUCAUGCUAGUAGCGCUGCUGCUGGUCACUGCUGCUUCUGGGUACUCACAUGUAGACAAAGCUAUACAGCCUGCUGACUAAAUACAUGCUGCAGGCUGACGCUUAAUGAAGGCAUUCAGUCAGUCAGAGGUAGGAUCUUUAGGAAAAUGACAAAACAAAGCAAACACAAACACUACUGUACUGGGUUGUGUUAUAUCAUGAGAACAUCACAUCGUCCCACCAUUCAUUUUCUGUAGUCAGUCAGGGUUCUGAAAAGUGAAAGGCCAUCAUCACAGCAUUGAACAGAAGUGAGAACAAACUCUGGAUAGAACAUUUGUCCAUUGCAGGGUAGAUUCACGCACUCACACAUGUAGUGUUACUGUAGCUGUUAGCUGACAUAACACACAGCACUGGGAUAUGACAGGACACCUGAUUACCCUAGUGAAAGCCUCACAGACACACAAAGAAUGCACAAACUCCACACUUAGCACCUGGGCAGCAGCACUAAGACUUUCCCACCAUGCUGCCUGAGAUCUAACUUAACACAGCCUAACAUUCUCCAACCUACUUAAGUCAGUCGAGUGUCACAUGUAGCCAGAGCUUCUUCAACGAUCAUGAGGCAGGAACCCACUCUACUCAACUGUAAGGCCCACUCAUGCACAUGCCCACCAACAUUUAACUCAGGACCAGCUUAGAAUCAUAAGUAAAUCUACCACUCAUGUCUUUGUGAUGUGGGAGGAACACCCAAGUACCCACAGGCAUAUUCAGAACAUGAAAACGGGCUUCAAAAAGGGUGCUGAAGCCCUGUGGCAUCACUGCUCGUGAUUGGACCACCAUGCCACCCACAUCUAAUUUAGCACAACUUAAGAUUCCCGGAUCAGUUUAAUCUAGUUCAAGGUCACAUGUAGCUGGAGGCUGUCCUGGCACUAAGAGGUGCCAGCCUUAGACUGGGCACCAGUACACGACAGGGCCUAAGUCUAAUUUAUGUCUUUCUAAAUUAAAUUACUAGUAUCUACUUCUACUGGUGUCCUUUCUUGUGCUCAGCGGUACAGAGAUAGGGUCGCAACCUUACAAUAUACUAUGGGGAAUUAGUAAAUGGAUGGAUGAGUAACUUUUUUACAUUAUAUCAACUGCAACAAAUGUCCAGCAUUGGCAGCUAUAGUCUACAUCUGAAUGACAAAGGGGGCUGCGUCGAGUUCUCCUUUCCUUGUUUGACUUCAUAAAGCUGCUUCUAAUUCCAUACUCUUUUCAUAACUAGCAUAACUCAGAAAAAUAUCAACAUACUCUACAGUUAAGUUAGACUAAUACAGUAUGAGAAAAUCAAAACAGAAAUUAAGUCUUAGGUACAAUUUUACUCUGGGAUGGGUGGCUAAAAAUGAAAUACAUACAAACAACCAAGAGGUCUGUUGGACAAAUUAUGAGGGAGUUCAUGGGAAAUGAAAAAGAAAGAUUUCGGAUGAUAAAAGUCCAGAGCCCAGAAGUUAAGUCACAGUCAGUACAUUCCACACUUACUUCCAAAUGGAACUUCCUUAAGACGCGGGCAAAGUGCAAAGUCCUUGUAGAAACCUGGACCUGCUCAGCGCAAGGUGGCUCAAGUGCCUGUCACCGUUAAGUGGACAGAGGAAAGCUGCUGAUGUAAAAUAAAAAACACACCAUGUAAAUCAUUUUCCAUUACAGUGUCACAAGGUGUUAUUGGGCACCACGUUUUUUUUUUUUUUUCACUUAUGAAAUCCACUCCCAGGUAUAAACUUGUGAAAUGGUGAAGUAACAACGUCAUCUUUUAUCCAGUUGGCUUCUGGGAAACGGCAGCCAAGCUGUUCAGGGCCGCCUGACACUUAACUGGAAGUCUCUUUGAUUUCUUUAUCCAGUACAAAUCACCGACUCUUAGGGAAGAGGAAUCAUUUUUUUCUGAUAAAGAAAAGAAAUUAUGUUCAGUGUUGUUAAACUUUUGUGACCAUUUUCAACUUUGUAAGGCAAAACAAAAUGUCUACUUUAAGAGGCAAUAAUGCAUUUCUUAGUACUAAAUGCUCUUGAAAAGUAGGCUAGCAUUUGGUCAAAAAUUUCUAUUAAAACAACAAAUUAAAAAGUUUUUGUAUUAUUAGUGAGAUUUGAUAGCUUUAAACAUUUUAAUACAAUUUACUGUAAUGCACACUCUCUGUCCAUUUAGGGUUGUUGGGGAUGCUAAAAAAAAAAAAAAAAGUGGUCUUCAUAUUUGGGCCAGAAACCAAUAUGAUAAACGCUAGUUCAGUUGUAGAAGGAACCAUUGAGCUGCAUACCAAUUGUCUUCAAAUGUUGCAUGGUAAAAAGCCAGACUGGUGAAGCUGUUAUUAUGCUCUUUGGCAUAGGCUUGCUAAUAUCCGUCUCACACUGCAUGACUUUUCCAGCGGUUUCAAUUCGUUGACUUCAUUUACCAAAUAUUAAGAAAAUCACAGCUAGUCAUGGACAGUUGUAGUUCAUGCCAGUGUCUCUCAGUUACGUAGCAUGACACCCCCAGCAACUCAGUCAUAGCACUUGGCAUCUGAUUUCACUUCGUCUUAGCCAGCUGCCAGUCCUGAGGUGAGCUCUUGUGUGUCUCUCGAUAGCCAAUAAGCACUCAAGCAGAAGUUCAAAGUAUGAAAUGCCGAAAACUAGGAAAGAAUUAGAGCAUGUAAGACAAAAUGCUAAAAUCAGAAAAAGUUUUCAGAUUCCAACCAGGCUGCUCCAUUUAAUUGGCAACAUAAGUGAACUCAAAUAGCUGAGCAAAGUAACCAAGUUAAAAUAGCCAGUGCAAUUUAAAGUUCUGUCCUUCUUCAGACUCUGCCCUACAUUGACGUUCUCUUCCAUAGGUGAUACUCUUUUAUGGAGGAAGAGGCAGGUUCUUCAGAGGCCCUGCUGAAAUGGCGUCACACAUUUUUUCCGAGAUGUAUGCUCCUCCAUUGUAAGGGUGGAAAUAAGACAUGAGUUACUGGUUAUGCAUCACCCCUAGUCUUCCCCUUUUGUGAUCCCCAACAAGCCCCCUUGAAACACUCCACAUGCUUGUGCGUUUUACAUGUGAGAAGAAGGGAAGCAGGUGUUUUGGACUGUAAAGAUGGAGAAGAGGCUUGUGGGAUGUUGUAGACAUCACACACAUACAUCUGUUUGUUCAAAAAAGUAAAAACAGAUUUGCAGAGACUAUGGCUAAAUUCAACAUACCCAGUAAGCUUUUGUUCAGCCUACAGACUUCAGUAACUAUGGAAGUUCACGUUGUUCAGCUUUCAAGAAGAGGUGACCUCUCAAUAUGUUUGUAGUAUGUGGUGAAAAGUCGUGAGAGAAUCAUGAAAUCCCUUCUUAAUUAAACAGGUUGAUGUCUUCAGAACAAGCAAGAUUAGAACAUUAGAACAAUCUGGAUGAGAACAGGCCAUUCAGCCCAACAAAGCUCACCAGUCCCACUAAUUAAU